GAUUGUAAGCUCAUAGCUGUCUCAGUAAAAGGACAAGGCUUCAAUGGAUCCAGUUGUAGCCUUGGUGCUGUGUCUCUCCUGUUUGCUUCUCCUCUCAUUAUGGAGACAGAGGUCUGGGAGAGGGAAACUGCCACCAGGACCCAUGCCUCUCCCAAUUCUUGGGAAUAUCCUGCAGAUAGAUACUAAAAACAUCAACAAAUCCUUAACCAAUUUGUCAAAAGUCUAUGGCCCUGUGUUCACUGUGUAUUUGGGUUUGAGACCCACUGUGGUGUUGCAUGGAUAUGAAGCUGUGAAGGAAGCCCUGAUUGAUCAUGGGGAAGUAUUUUCUGGAAGAGGCAGUUUCCCUGUGGGUGAUAGAGUUACUAAAGGACUUGGAAUCAUUUUUAGUACUGGAAGCAGAUGGAAAGUGAUGAGGCGCUUCUCAGUCAUGACUCUGCGGAAUUUUGGGAUGGGGAAGAAGAGCAUUGAGAACCGAGUUCAAGAGGAAGCUCGUUGCCUUAUGGAGGAGUUGAGGAAAACCGAGUCCUCACCCUGUGAUCCUACUUUUCUCCUGGGCUGUGCUCCCUGCAAUGUGAUCUGCUCCAUUAUUUUCAAUAAUCGCUUUAAUUAUAAAGAUCAGCAUUUUCUAAAGUUUAUGAGGAAAGUAAAUGAAAAUGUGCAGAUUCUGAGUUCCCCAUGGAUCCAGGUCUGCAACAAUUUUCCUGUUCUCAUUAAUAUUUUCUCAGGAAGUCAUAAAAAAGUUUUUAAGAAUGUUAAUGAUUUGAAACAGUAUUUUUUGGAGAAAAUAAAAGAACAUCAAGAAUCCCUGGAUAUGAACAAUCCUCGGGACUUCAUCGACUGCUUCCUGAUUAAAAUGGAAGAGGAAAAGGGCAAUCCACAGACUGAAUUUACCACUGAAGCCUUAAUAAACACUGUUAAUGAUCUGUUUGGAGCUGGAACAGAGACAACAAGCACUACUCUGAGAUAUGGACUCCUGCUCCUUCUGAAGCACCCAGAGGUCACAGCUAAAGUCCAGGAAGAGAUUGACCAUGUGAUUGGCAGACAUCGCAGCCCCUGCAUGCAGGACAAGAGCAGUAUGCCCUACACAGAGGCUGUCCUGCAUGAGAUCCAGAGAUACAUUGACCUCCUGCCAACCAAUCUUCCCCAUGCAGUGACCUGUGGCAUUAAAUUCAGAAACUAUUUCAUUCCCAAGGGUACAACCAUAAUUACAUCACUGACAUCUGUGCUGCAUGACAGCAAAGAAUUCCCCAAUCCAGAGAAGUUUGACCCUGGCCAUUUCCUGGAUAAGAGUGGCAAAUUCAAGAAGAGUGACUACUUCAUGCCUUUCUCGACAGGAAAACGGAUUUGUGCAGGAGAAAGUCUGGCCCGCAUGGAACUGUUUAUAUUCUUGACCACCAUUUUACAAAACUUUCGCCUGAAAUCUGUGGUUGACCCAAAGGAUCUUGAUACCACCCCAGUUUACAAUGGAUUUAUCUCUGUGCCACCUGCAUACCGAAUCUGCUUCAUUCCUGUCUGAAGAAGUGCACUCUGUCUGGCUGCUGCUGUGCUGUCAUCUGGAAAUCUUCUCUUUGGGGUUCUUCCUCCUCCUCCUCUACAGGCUUGUCUUCUCUGACCUGCUUCUCACCACUCUAUUUCUUUGAACUUCAGUGAACAUCCAACCCCGCUGGAGAGAGUUUCCUAAGUUUCCACAAAUGCAUGCUUCCUAUUCACAUACUGUAACACUUGCAUUAGCCACAGUAUAUUUUAACAGUCUUGUGAGUUUUUACUAUGGCAUCACUGUUAAACCAAUGAAAGCCUGGGGGUAAUCAUGUGAAGUGAAAUAAGUCAGGCAUAGCAAGAUCAAGCCACAUGUUUCACUUUUAUGUGUAAUAUAAAAAAAGUCACACUCUUAAUGAUAAGUAAUUGUUAUCAGAAUUUGGGAAGGGGUGACAAUGUGAGUGGAUGGGGAAAGAAGUUAGUUAAAUAAAGCGUGAUAAAGUGGUCCAUGCAUAUAAUCCCGUUGGCUGGGCAGUCUGAGGUGGAAUGAUUGCAAUGAUAGCCAGCCUCAGCAAUUUAGGGAGAUCCUAACAUCUAAGAGUGAUCCUGUCUUAAAAUUAUAUAUAACAAGUGCUGGAGAUGUGGCUCAGUGGUUAAAUACCCUUGGGUUCAAUCACUGGUAUCAACAACAACAACAACAAAAAACCACAACCCCUUCCCCCAAACAAACAAAAACCUUGGUGAUUGCAUUGAACAUACCUGCAAUAAUACAGUAGAAUUUAUCCAUGUUAUGAUCCUUGACAUAAAUAUAUCCAUAAUGUCCCUUUAUCAUGUAACUUAACACAUUCAUGGGUUAAUAAGUUUCAAGGAUUAAAAUAUAGGUGUUUUGGGGUAUGAAGUCAUUAUUCAGCAUAUGAAAUUAUUAUUAUAUCCUAUUACUAACAAGAUGAUUCAGACAAGGCUUUGUUAAGUAUCUUGUUCAGGCUCACAAGGAGAUGAACCUCAGAGUCAUCUGGCUUUAGAA